UGAGUUUGAGCAAACAGUACGCGGAUGUUCCCCUUGGUCGAUGACAGCUUUGAUCGAUAGUAAACAGCUUAUCUUAACUUCUCUUUUUGUUUUUUUGGAAUAACAUAUAAACAAUACUGAGAUGCAAUAAUGACAGUGCAUGGAUUCAACUCAAGGAAGUUAAACGACUCGACAUUUUGACGCUAGCGCCCCUGCCUUCAAAAUGGAGCGGGCCAGCAGUGGGGCCCUCCCUGGGCCUGGAUCAAUAGCACAGCAGUGAGUGGUCCAACAUGGAGUUCCAUGGAUGGCAGCAGUGUCAGAGGAAAGAGACGGCCAGCUUGGGGACAUUGGCACUUCUGCCACCUUCGUGGGACACAAUUUCAGCCAUCUAUCAUGAAGUGGUGAAAUUUGUCAGCAAGUUUCCUUACAAGAAACGACUGGUGCUUUACUUCGCGUAUCGCGGCACCACAGUCAAGCUUGAUCUGGGAGAUGUGAAGGCAGCAGGAGUGGUGUGUAUACUGAGCCUUGGAGUGGGUCUAGGAACACUACUGAUACAUCGUCUAUACCAGCAGUAUAUCCGGCCUUUCCUAUAUAAGGACCAGGACGGUUCAGACAAAGCUAGUUCCAGUGACCAGAAGAUUUUAGUUGUGAUCACCAGAGAUUGUUAUUGUAGGACAGUAAUGUUGCUGUUUGAGUUUAAAAGAAAGUUUGAGAAGAAAAUUAAUAUUACUACAUCAGUGUGUUCUCUCUACAUUGGAUUCAGGUAUCAUGGAUUUCCAGGCUGUAAGGAUUCCUCUGACAGUGCUGUCGAUGGCGCCAUGGGCAACAACUCCAGUGGAAAGACUCCUUCAGUAUUCUACUCACGCGAAUAUGGAGUCGCGCUUGGGGGUAAAGGUUUACCAUCACAAAGACAGGCACAGCCCACAGCCGAUUUCACUCGACUUCGUAGACAUGGUACUCGGCCAAAACCCCAGCGAAAACACUUACCUGAAAGGGACAUACAUGAGCAAAAUCCCACGGAGCUGAAUCCCUCUCUUUAUGAAGCGAACAUUCGAGAUUCCUUUUACUCAACUGCAGAGUCAGGAUUUGAGACUCUGCCAGAGUGUGUUGAGGAAGAGAAUGAUGAAAGUCUCAGUCAGUCAUUACAGGAGAACUUCUCUGCAUCCUCUCUGAAAGAGCGAAAUGAAAGGUACUUCUCCGCUAAAACUGCUUCAUUGGGUUCGAGUCCUUCAGCUGGCAGAAAGUCCUGCGUCAAUAUAGCUCAUGAGAAGAGUUCUGAAGGCCUCAGCUAUCAUUCUUCUCAGGUUCAAAAACUUGAUGCAUCAUUAUCACCUCAAAAAUCUUCCAGAUCGUCUCCGAUGCAUUCAGGCAGCAGAGUCCCUGACCCACACUUGUUGACUGUCAGGAGACACCAUGGCUGCCCACGGAGCGAUGACUUUGACUAUGACCAAUCUUUGGAUGCAUCAGAAUCAAUCUGCAGCUUUAACAGCAGUUUGGAGGACUGGAGCUGUGAUGAUGAAGACAGAGAUGGCCGAUCUCCUGUGUUGCAUGGCCACUUGGGAAUGUCAGACACUCACUUCCGGCAAUCACUUAUGCAGCGCAUUCAAGAGUGGUCUUCUUUUGCUGAGAAGUAUGGAAAGUCACGGUCUCCCACACCAGAUCCAGGCUUACAACAACGAUACAUAAGGCGCAGUCGCAGUCUGGACCGUCAUCUGGGUGAACCGGCAUUUGUUGCAGACCUAGACAUGCCUUCAUCUGAAGCAAUUAAAGUCGAAGACACAACCACCAAGAACUUGGACUUAGAGACAGAACUGCAUGAUAUUCAGGAUGAAUUUGAGUCCAUUACUUCCAAACUUCAUGAACUUAUAGAACGUGGCAAUGGAAACUCAACUGAACAGCCACAAGCAAAAGUCAGCCUAGCCCAUAAUCACCCUCAUCAUCAUUCUAGACCUCACCAGAACUCUGUGUAUCAUAGGACCAGAACAAAAUGGGAGCGAUUACCAAGUGCUCCUAGGUCAGACUCUAGUAGAAGUUCUCGUGCCAGUAGCGUUGAUUUCAGCUGGGACUGCGGCGAGAUAGGAGCUGGAGGGGAUGAACAUGUAAAUGCUGAUGGAUCAUCUGUACGACAUACAGUAGAUGAGAUGGGUGACCAUCUGGCAUCAUCAGCAAAGGAUGAGAAGCUGCCUGCGUCAGAAGAUAUCUCUGAAGAUGGGAUUGUGAAUGUAGGGGAAAUAGCUAACCUUAUCGACUAUGCAAAUCAAGAAUGGAAAGGCCAAACAAAGAACACCGAAACAAUAAAACAGGGAUAUCUGGCGAUACCUGAAUUAUUUGGUUGCCAAAAUCUACGAAGGAUAAGGGGAGACAACUACUGUGCGCUGCGGAGCACGUUGUAUCAGGUGCUAGUGGGAGGUCACAAGGUAACUCAGCGCUGGCCCGGCCUCAUUUCAAUUAUUGACUGCUUACAUACGCUCAACGCAGACCAAAACUCCGGUCUUCAGAUUUGGAAUUUUGGAAAUCGUCUGAAGUGGGACAAAGAUGAAGAUAGGUUUUCACUGAUCUGCAAGUGUGUUCUCACUUUAUAUGCUACAGUUGAGGAAAUAAGUGCCUUGCCUUCACAAGAUAUGCGCGAGUACCGCACGUUCAGCCUACUGAAUGGUUCUCAACAAUUUGAUGUGGAGCUGAUGGAGGGAAUGAAGUUGAUGAUGCUCUUGUACAUGGCAGACAUUCAGAAACAAAUUGCUGAAGAGGCAGAGGUCCCUUUGUUUGCCUGGCUGCUCUUUGCACGAGAUACAUCAAGCAAUGUUGUUGACUUUGUAAAACAUCAUCUCAAUCCUAUUGGGGAUUCAGCAGGAAUGGAUCAGGUGGAGAUGUGCCUCCUUGGACACUGUCUGGGGGUGAAAUUGCGAGUAGCUCGACUGUACCACCAUGGACAGGAAGAUUUUGAUUGUUGCUUCCCUGAUGAUACACCUGCUGUCUGGCCAUCAGUUUGCUUGCUAACAGAAGAUGACCGCCACUACAAUGUCCCUGUGCCGUGAAUUGGGUACUGCGAAGUUCAUGUCAGGCCAUCUUUUCAGUUUUAGCCAACAUUACAAUGUGCCUGUCAUUGCACUUUCCUGCAAGGUUAAUUUUCCAGUCGUAUAGAACACUAGCGUAGUGUGCAUGCUGCUUUGCAAAGUGUGUGGUGAGAUGUAACUGGCCAUGAUAUGCAUAGAACUUAAAGUCUGGAUUCAGGGACUUGGGUGCAAUCAGAGUAUAUUCUUCCACAACUGUUCUGCGCCAAGAAGCAGUAGGACUGCCUCCAUGCAUCUCAAGCUUUGACUAUCGAAUGAUAUCCUUGGGUAUGUGAGGAGUCUCCUCCAUAUUAGCAAAGAUGAUUGCUCAUCUGGUGUGAGUAGCAGUGUAUGCAGAAUGACUCAGUCAGCUAGCCAAGUAAUGCAGACUCUGGAAGACUAUGAGCUUGUGGACCUAUGGGACUCUAUUUUAAGUGUCAGGCAGUUGUGUAUACAAUGGUCAGUCUCAGCUGUUAUUUAUUAGUGUGCUUGGUUACAGAAAAUGAUGAUGAUAAUAGUAAUGCGUUCUGAAAGCAGAAAUAAUGAAAUAAUUAAAGUGGUAUUGUUGGUGAGCACAGUUGGCAUGGUGGAUAUGUGGUGUUGGAUGCACAAUAGCUACUUAGAGGUCAUGCAGUAUGAUGGACUCUGAUUAUUUUUAUGAGUGUUAACUUGUACAAAUGUUUUGGUGCCAAAUGAUAAAUACCUGGCUAAAGAGAUACAUUUUAUUUUAUUUGCCUGGGAUAAACUAGGUAAAUAUUAACUGCUCAACAAAGAACACAGAAGUGAGGCCGGUCAGGAUGGAAAACUAAUUCUUUGUCUUUGCUUAGUUUUUUCCAUGUAAAGUAAUAGAAUGAUAGAGAAUAUAAGUCAAAGAUUCCAGAGUGAAAUGUAAUUUUAAUUAGUUUAAUGGAUUAGAUUGGGGCAAAAUUUUUUUUUUCGUCUAAUAAACUUAAGACUGCUGCAUGUUGAAUGGGAAAGAUUUAUUUCCCUUGCAGAGUUGUUGCAGAAAUGACUAGUGAAUUGCCUGUCAGAUAUUUUCAAGCAUUUUUUUAACAUUUACUUUUUGAGCAUUGACAAGAACGCUGGAGAGUAUAUAGUUUUAACAAGAGUGUUUUGUGUGUCCCAUAAAAAUCUUAGCAUAUUCCUUUAACUCUUUUACAGGUGAGUCAAGCAUCAUUCAUCAAAACAAAAACAAAAAAAAAAAUGAAAACAUACUUGCCAGAUGAGCAAGAAACUUCAUGUAAAGAGUUUAGGGCCUUCUUAUUCAGACACAUUUGCUGAUAUGUUUUGCAAAUUUUUACAUGCUUGUCAUUUAGAAAAUAUGUAUUGGCCAGACAGUCACAUAUUUGACAAUAUAUUCCUGGUUCAGAAGGCCCUCGAGGAAAAACUAAGUGUGCUAAUCUGUGAUAGAACACCCCACCCCCACCCUUCCCUUCAUGUCCUUUAUGGACCACUGUGGUGUGAAUUUUUUAUAGAAUUUUUAAAGUCACCUUAUUUAUGGAACUCCACAUUAACAGAGAAGUUUCUUUUUAUUUAGGAUAAGUUCAUUAUUUAUUCUAGCAAUGUCCAGUUUACAUCAUCAUGGUGUUGGUGUGAAUAGAAUUUUUUUAACUAUGGUGAUAAAUUUUAUAAUAUAUUUAGAGCAUAGUUUAAAAUAACUCGAUAAGGUGGGGAAAAAAAUGGGAAGUGGAUUCUUUUAACCAUUGUAAAAACAUGAGUCAUGAAAACAGAAGAAAACUUCAUUAACUGUCCAUUAAAUGUGCAUCAGUUGUAUUUUUAUCAAAGUAGUAAUGAAGACUAAAGGAUAGACCUUUAUACAUUUUCCAAACUUUGUUGAAAGAUGUGUGUUUGUAUGUGUGUUCAUGCACAAAUUCAGUUAUUGAACUAGCUGGUCAUGUUUCAAAAUAUCUUUAAAUGAAAACAGAACAAUUUUAACUUUUUUUCCUUUUCACAGGGUCAUUGGUGAUUAAAAACAUUUUAAAAAUAUUUUAUAAUGUGUCAUGCAAAAGACUCUUCAUUGGAGUUAUGUUGAUUGAAUCUACAGCUUCAUUCCACUUAAUCUUACACCAAAGCUCCAUUGCCUCUUUUCAUGGCUUGAUAGUAAAAAAAAAUAUUAACAAAUAGAAUAUCAUGAAAUUUUAUUUUAGAGCAAUUUUUACUUUUAAAUUGCUUUGUAGAUGCUAGAGCUUAUUAGGGCUUUUGCAAAUACUAUUUUUUAUAUAAUAGAUUUAAUCUUUUUUCAUUAUUCUACGUCACAGCUUAUACUAAGCUUAGUUUUAGAUAUGCUUUCUUCAGGUGUAGGAAGCUAAUACACAAUGAAAAGUUGACUUUAACUAGUUUUUUAUAUAAUAUAUAUAUUUAUAACGUUUUUUGUUGAGUACAAAAUCUUAUAAUUCGAGGAAUGUCACUUUUGUCUGUGCUGUAGUGCUAUUUGCAACUCUAUAUUUCAAUGCAAAAGUCAUUUUUUACUUUUUACUUUCUGUAGAUUUAUUUGACAACUCCUUGCUCUUUCAAGAUUUUUGCACAUUUCGCUGUCUGUUGUAGACGCAGCAGACAUUUUUCUUGCAAGAGCACUAUAUAUGGGAGAGUGCAUUUUGUAUUUUUUGGGGUUAUUUUUUGUUUGUUUGUUUGUUUUUGUUGAGAAACCAGAUGUCUCAAAGGCUCAUUUUUACUUGCACAUUUCUCUAUGCACAUUAUAAAAAGAACAUUUAGCAAUUAUUCUCCACAUAUGAUAUUCUUCUACUGAAAAGAGAAUGUACAACUGAACGUGACUACCUUCCCUCCAACCCUGUCAACAUAGGGUGUAUGUUUAUAUAUUUUAGUAAUUUUUUAAUGUAGUGUUAUGUUGAAAAUGAGCAAGCUGAGAGUAUUACCUGCAUUUAUCUGUUCAGUGGGUUUUCUGGCACCUUUUUUGUUGGCAAUUUAGUUCCUUUGACAUAAAGAUAAGGAACAUUUCUGUCCGUGAUUAGCAACUUUCUGCACAAAGUAUUAUUAGUUAUCAGUGAAGACAUUUUCACACGUCAUUAAAGUUUCCUUUGUUAAUUUAAAAUAAAACUUAAGUGAAGAGUAGCAGAAGUUUGUUAAAGUGUGGCUGGAAAUGUUAAGCAUUGUAUCAUUAAAUCGAAGAUCUGAAAAUUAUUCAAAACCUUGUGGCACUUUGUUUCCAAAAUUUUCUUUAACAAAAAAUGGCGACUGGAAACAGCAUGAUGCUAAUACCAGGCUUUUAAUGCAUUUAUAUCACACUCGUGGAAUGACAAAGAACAUGAAUUGGUGCCAAAGAAAAAAUAUAUCCUUUACACAAAAAGAUUGUAUUCAGAAAUUUAGAAACACAUAGAAAAGCCAAAAUGAAGAACAAAGGAGAGGUUUAAUAUCUAUAAAUUACUCCUAAAGUGGAAAACAUAAAAAUGUACAGUGGUAAUAGCCAGUUGUUAAUUCAACAAUGAUUGCAUGUGAAAGCUUGUAUAACUUAUACUAUAAGCCAGAAAUUAUAGAAGUGCAAUUCAGCAAACUGCAAAGUGGCAGUUUUCUACAUCUUGUGUUUUGGGAUUUCCUUGCAGAUUUUCUUAUAAACUUUGCAAGGGUUGUCCUGUGUCUAUCUGAUAUCAAACAGCCUGGUAUUUAUUUGUUUUAGUCAUCUAAAAAGUAUGUCUCAUGCUUCUGUGAUAGCUCAGGUUUGUUUGCUUGUUGUGCUGAGGACUUGUUUUUGACAGACUUUGAGAGCUGCAAAGAGAAUUCACAUUUGUUAUGAGAACUGACCUAUAAGUGCUACAGUAUUUUAGAGAUCCCCGGUCUCUCAUGAUGUGUAUGUUUUAUGUCUGUAGAACACAUGAUGCAUUUAAUCGUAUAACUGGUUGCUUUCCCAUAGGUGUUUGAAACUAUUUGAGAUUUAAGCAGUUUGUCAAUAUGUGAAAACUGUACAAACAUUUAAAAUCUGGAAACUGGACUGUAAAUUAAUGAUGAAGAUAUUCAUGGGUUUUUUUCCUUGCAGUAAGCUAUUUUAUCAGGUGCUGUUGCUGUCAAUACUUGAUAUUAUUUAUAAGUUAUAGAUGAGCAGAUGUGUUAUUCAAAUAUAAAUAAUGCCAAACAUGUAAAUCAAGACCAGACCUUGUUCAUACAAAAUGAUUGCAGAUUCCAAGACUUGUUUCAGUAAAAAUGGUUGGUCCACUGGGUAAUUGUCUUUCUGUUAGUAUCCUUUAGAACUUGUUCUCACCAGACCUCUUUAGUGUCUUUUGUGCAGGUCAUUUUGCUUGUCGGAUUUGCUCAGGGGCAAGUAUUUGAUAUUUGGGACUUCAUGUUGAUCAGUGUUGUAACUUCAAGUUUUUUUAUUGUCCAAAGCUCCAGAGGAUUCAGCUGAUCUGAUUGACAUACUAUCAAUAUUUGAACUCAAAUGAUCUUCCUCCAGAACCUUGUAAGUGAAAAUAAUGGACUGUCCAGAUUACCUUAGCAACCAACCUUCCCUCCCCACCCUGGAAAAAGAAGUAAUAAAACGAAAUAAAAGGACAUGAACAGAAAAAUAUGAUGGUGUAUCAAGAACGUGUUAUUUAUGCAAUGUGUUAUUUUAAAGAUUUUCUAUUUUUAAAGGGCUGAUCUUUAGCGAAACUUUUUUUUUACAGUAAACAGCAUUAACAUCAAAAUGCUGUGACUGUAUUAUGUUUAUCUAAAAUUAUUUAUUUUGAGUUAUUUUAUGUCUUGUGUUCCAAAACCUUUUUUUAUAGGAGAUGCUAGGUGUGAACAGAUAAAUGGCACCCACCCAACCCAUCUCAGGUUAUGGAACAAUGCAACUGAUGUUUUUCAAUACAUAUGUGUGUGCAUAUAUAUGCAUAUACAUAUGCAUGCAUGCUUGGAGAGAAA